GUUGCGUACUUCCUGUUCCAGUCACGAACCACCACCAAAAUGGAGAAGAUCGCCAAAACACACGAAGACAUUGAGGCCCAGAUCCUGGAGCUCCAGGGGAUGAAGGCUACUCUGCUGGAGGAGAGAGAGCAGGGAGUGGGCCUUGACUCCACUGGCUUCUAUGACCAGGAGAUUUAUGGAGGCAGCGACAGCCGCUUUGCUGGAUAUGUGACUUCCAUUGCUGCCAAUGAACAGGAGGAUGAUGAUGAAGAUGAUUCGUCAACCAGUCUGCUGGGACAGAAGAAACCAGGGUAUCAUGCUCCAGUGGCAAUACUCAAUGCCAUACCUCAGUCAGAAGAGCAAUAUGACCCAUUUGCAGAGCAUCGCCCCCCGAAGAUCGCAGAGAGGGAGGACGAAUACAAAGGCCGUCGCAGACAGAUGAUUAUCUCCCCUGAGCGACUCGAUCCAUUUGCAGAUGGGGGCAAAACUCCAGACCCCAAGCUACAGGUCAGGUCAUACAUGGACGUCAUGAGAGAGCAGCACCUGACCAAAGAGGAGAAAGAGAUCCGUCAACAGCUGGCAGAGAAGGCAAAAUCAGGGGACCUGAAGGCUGUGAACGGCUCUGCAACCUCCCAAGCUUCUGCAAAGCGCAAACGCCGCUGGGACCAGACAGCUGAUCAAAACCAAACACCCUCCAACACUACACCCAAAAAGAUGUCCAGCUGGGACCAGGCUGAUGCCAAUGCUGAGACUCCAGGCCAUACCCCUGCACACACCCCAUCAAACAGUCGCUGGGAUGAGACACCAGGUCGGCCUAAAGGCAGUGAGACCCCAGGGGCCACCCCCAGCACCCGAAUGUGGGACCCUACUCCCAGCCACACACCAGCUGGUGCUGCCACCCCUGGUAGGGAUACACCAGGCCACGCCACACCAGGCCACGGUGGCGCUACAGGCAGUGUCCGCAAAAACCGCUGGGAUGAAACCCCCAAGACAGAGAGAGAGACCCCUGGACACGGGAGUGGCUGGGCUGAAACCCCACGCACAGACAGAGGAGACGAGUCAGUGGGAGAGACCCCCACACCGGGGGCCAGUAAGAGGAAGUCUCGAUGGGACGAAACCCCUGCCAGCCAGAUGGGAUCAUCAACACCACUGCUUACACCAGGAAAGACCCCAAUAGGAACACCAGCCAUGAACAUGGCUACGCCUACACCAGGACACUUGAUGAGCAUGACCCCAGAGCAGCUGCAGGCAUGGCGAUGGGAGAGGGAAAUCGAUGAGAGAAACCGGCCUCUUACAGACGAGGAGCUGGACGCCAUGUUCCCAGAGGGAUAUAAGGUUUUGCCCCCACCGGCAGGCUAUGUGCCCAUCCGUACACCAGCCCGUAAACUAUCAGCCACCCCAACUCCUAUUGGAGGCAUGACAGGGUUCCACAUGCAGACAGAGGACCGCUCCAUGAAGCAAGUCAACGAUCAGCCCUCUGGAAAUCUCCCCUUCCUCAAGCCUGAUGACAUACAGUACUUUGACAAACUGCUGGUGGAGGUGGAUGAGUCCACACUGAGCCCUGAGGAGCAGAAGGAGCGGAAGAUUAUGAAGCUGCUGCUGAAGAUUAAGAAUGGAACUCCCCCCAUGAGAAAGGCGGCACUACGUCAGAUAACAGACAAGGCACGUGAGUUUGGAGCCGGCCCCCUGUUCAAUCAGAUCCUGCCUUUGCUCAUGUCCCCCACUCUUGAGGACCAGGAACGCCACCUGCUGGUCAAGGUCAUUGACCGCAUCCUUUACAAACUAGACGAUCUGGUCCGGCCAUAUGUGCACAAGAUCCUGGUGGUUAUCGAGCCCCUACUGAUUGAUGAGGAUUACUAUGCAAGAGUGGAGGGCAGGGAGAUCAUCUCUAACUUGGCUAAGGCUGCAGGUCUAGCUACCAUGAUUUCCACCAUGCGUCCUGACAUUGACAACAUGGAUGAGUACGUCCGAAACACCACAGCCAGGGCCUUUGCCGUGGUGGCCUCUGCCCUUGGCAUCCCCUCCCUUCUGCCCUUCCUCAAAGCUGUGUGUAAAAGCAAGAAGUCUUGGCAGGCCCGACACACAGGCAUCAAAAUUGUCCAGCAGAUUGCCAUUCUUAUGGGCUGUGCCAUCCUGCCCCACCUUCGCAGCUUGGUGGAGAUCAUAGAGCACGGUCUGGUGGACGAGCAACAGAAAGUGAGGACCAUCAGUGCCCUGGCUAUUGCAGCCCUGGCUGAGGCUGCUACUCCCUAUGGUAUUGAAUCAUUUGACUCAGUCCUCAAGCCUCUCUGGAAGGGUAUCAGACAGCACCGAGGAAAGGGUCUGGCUGCCUUCCUGAAGGCCAUCGGCUACCUUAUCCCUCUGAUGGAUGCCGAGUACGCCAACUACUACACCCGAGAGGUGAUGCUGAUCCUCAUCAGAGAGUUCCAGUCUCCUGACGAGGAAAUGAAAAAGAUUGUUCUCAAGGUGGUGAAGCAGUGCUGUGGCACUGAUGGUGUAGAGGCCAAUUACAUCAAGACAGAGAUCCUACCCCCCUUCUUUAAGCACUUUUGGCAACACAGGAUGGCUCUCGACAGACGCAAUUAUCGACAGCUGGUGGACACCACAGUGGAGCUGGCCAACAAGGUGGGAGCAGCUGAGAUCAUUUCACGCAUCGUGGACGACUUAAAAGAUGAGGCUGAGCAGUACAGGAAGAUGGUGAUGGAAACCAUUGAAAAGAUCAUGGGCAACCUGGGAGCAGCUGACAUCGACCACAAGCUGGAGGAACAGUUGAUCGACGGUAUUCUUUAUGCCUUCCAGGAACAAACAACAGAGGACUCUGUAAUGCUGAAUGGUUUUGGCACUGUGGUGAAUGCUCUGGGAAAGCGUGUGAAGCCCUACUUGCCUCAGAUCUGUGGUACAGUGCUAUGGCGUCUGAACAACAAGUCAGCUAAGGUCCGUCAGCAGGCUGCUGACCUCAUCUCCCGCACUGCUGUGGUCAUGAAGACCUGCCAGGAGGAAAAGCUAAUGGGUCACUUGGGAGUGGUUUUGUAUGAGUACCUUGGAGAGGAGUACCCUGAGGUCCUGGGUAGCAUCCUUGGAGCUCUAAAGGCCAUCGUCAACGUCAUUGGUAUGCACAAGAUGACUCCACCAAUCAAAGACCUCCUUCCUCGCUUGACACCAAUCUUGAAGAACAGACACGAAAAGGUGCAGGAAAAUUGUAUCGACCUGGUGGGCAGGAUUGCUGAUAGGGGUGCUGAGUAUGUGUCAGCCAGGGAAUGGAUGAGGAUCUGUUUUGAGCUACUGGAGCUGCUCAAGGCUCACAAGAAGGCCAUCCGCAGAGCCACUGUUAAUACCUUUGGUUACAUCGCCAAGGCUAUCGGUCCCCAUGAUGUCUUGGCCACUUUGCUUAAUAACCUGAAGGUCCAGGAGCGUCAGAACCGUGUUUGCACCACCGUGGCCAUUGCCAUUGUGGCUGAGACCUGUUCACCCUUCACUGUGCUGCCAGCGCUCAUGAACGAGUACCGCGUGCCUGAGCUCAAUGUGCAAAAUGGUGUGCUUAAGUCCCUGUCCUUCCUCUUUGAGUACAUUGGAGAGAUGGGCAAGGACUAUAUCUAUGCUGUCACACCACUGCUUGAGGAUGCCCUCAUGGACAGAGACUUGGUUCACAGACAGACAGCCAGUGCAGUGGUACAGCAUAUGUCCCUGGGUGUCUACGGCUUUGGCUGUGAAGACUCUCUCAACCACCUGCUUAACUAUGUGUGGCCCAAUGUCUUUGAGACAUCACCCCACGUCAUCCAGGCAGUCAUGGGUGCUCUAGAAGGGCUGAGGGUAGCCAUCGGACCCUGUCGCAUGCUUCAGUACUGCCUACAGGGGCUGUUCCACCCAGCCAGGAAGGUGAGGGAUGUCUAUUGGAAGAUUUACAACUCCAUUUACAUUGGCUCCCAGGAUGCCCUCAUUGCCCACUACCCACAAGUCUACAACGACGAGAAAAACCCUUUCAUCCGCUAUGAGCUGGAAUAUGUCUUGUAAAUAUGAACCCAUGUUAUCCCCAACUCUUCACUCUUCUUCUUUAUCUUUGUUUUUCUCUACAAUCUCUCUGGCACCUCCAUCACCCCAUCUCUCCUGGCUUAGAACCCAAUCCUUUUUUGUAUUAUUUAGCCAUCUGUCUUUUUGAUAGGUGUCCAGCAAUCCAGCACCGACACCUUUAGUUUCAGUUGGCUGCCACCUUUUGUCCUCUUAAGUAAAAAGUAUGAAAAAUGGAACAUUGAAGAGCCUGUAUGUAUGUUUUAAAUCUCCAUUUGGUGGCUGUAAAGAAUUGCGGUUUGAGGUCAGAGUAGCCUUGCUGAAAGAAUGAGAAGCAAUCGUCAAAACUGUUUUUAAAAUAGAGGGUUAUCUGUGUUGAUAGGCCUCUGCACCGGCUGUUUUUCACAUAUCAGCCGGCAUCUCAUUUGUUAUCAGAAUGUUUGAUUUGACCAAAUAAAAUGUUUGUGUAUAAAA